AGCAGGGUUACCCAUGAUUUAAUGUUUUGCUUCUUCACAUAAUGUGAUUAUAUUCCUAAAGCAGCUGACCAUUUAAGGACCACAAAGGAAAUAAGGCUUAGGCUUUAUUGUGUUGUCCUUGACAAUUUAUUGAUAUUUGCUCAUUCCUCUAUUAAGGCCUCCCACUCUCUCUAGAAUACCAGGUGAUUAUGUUUGUCCCUUUUCAGUUGAUGGCAAAUCAAUAUGGAUUUUGAGUUACUGAAUUUCACCAAAACGCUUAAGAUUUAAUGACUUCAUCAUCUCUUUUCAUCUUUUCUUGCCUCUGACUUCAACAUUACCACAAGAUGUCACUAUCAGCUCACAUUUGAAAUACUUAUUUUCUCUGCGACGCUCCUCCCUUUUCGUCUAAGAGAGGUUUGUAAUUCUUUGUUCGUCGUAGCAGUACAAAACAUCCUCACUGUUUUGAGGGGCUCUGAUCUGGAUGUAUCAUUACUGAGCAAUGUUGCCGCUGAAGUGAUUUCCAAUUAACUUGUUUAGUAGGCUAUGGACAUAAUGCAACAAGGGAAUCUUUUCCGGCAUUGGAUUUAUUUUUUGUUCCAUGUAUCUCACAUAUGGAGUCUCGCAGCAGCACAGAUUGUGUAUUCUGUUACGGAGGAAUCGAGCCCGGGUACCACUGUGGGGAAUUUGGCGAAGGACUUACAUCUAGAUGUACAAGAAUUGGGACCUCGAGGUUUUCAGAUUUCAGGACCUAACACGAAGUAUUUCGAAGUAAAUGUUAAGACUGGGAUACUUUUAGUAAAAGACAGACUAGACCGAGAGGAGCUCUGCUCUCGUAAUGUGAAGUGUUCUCUGGAAGUGGAAGCCAUUGUGAACUCUCCGCUGAAUCUCUAUCGCUUUGAGGUUAAAAUUUUAGAUAUAAACGACAAUGCACCCUCAUUUCGGAUACCGGGAAUUGUUUUGAACGUGUUCGAGUCAGCUUUUCCUGGUGAAAGAUUUACGCUACCAAAGGCAUUCGAUGCAGAUGUCGGUAGUUAUUCGGUUAAGGGCUACAAGCUGAGUCAAAAUGAACAUUUCACCCUGGAUGUGCAGAAUGGUGGAGAGCCGACAAUGUCCGCUGAAAUGGUACUGCAGAAAGCCUUAGACCGUGAGAAGCAGCCAGUUAUCAAACUAACACUGACAGCUGUAGAUGGAGGAAAACCUCCUAAAUCAGGCACGUUACAUAUCACCGUUAAUGUGCAAGAUGUAAAUGAUAAUAUUCCAAUUUUUGACAAGCCGCUGUACAAAGCCUCAGUGCUCGAGAACACGCCGCACGGUGCAACCGUAAUUUCUGUGCAUGCUCAGGAUUUAGAUGAGGGUCUUAACGGAGAAAUACUGUAUUCUUUUAUCAAUCAUGACAGUGAUAAUGAUGUUGACAAAUUUGCUAUUAAUCCCAUGACGGGGGAGAUUACGGUAAAGGGUGCAUUGGAUCACGAAAAAAGCAAUGCAGUUGAAAUCCGUGUCCAAGCGAAAGACAAAGGGUCAAGUCCAAGAGCAUCUCACUGUAAAGUACUCGUUGAAAUCACGGAUGUUAAUGACAAUCCACCAGAAAUAUCAGUAACAUCUUUAGUCAACGUAGUGAGAGAAGACGCACCCAUAGACACAAUGGUGGGACUUAUAACGGUGAGAGAUAAUGACGCGGACAAAAAUGGCGUUGUUCAGGUUAGAAUAGUUGAUUCUGUGCCGUUUACAAUUAAGAACACAUAUAAGAAUCAUUAUUCUUUGGUCGUAAACGGAACUCUAGACAGAGAACGAGCUUCUCAAUAUAAUGUAACAAUAACAGCGACUGACGAAGGGGUCCCGUCGCUUUCCGGUACAAGUGUUAUUACAGUCCACGUUUCUGAUGUCAAUGAUAACGCACCUCGUUUUAAAGAGCAUGUGAUCAACAUUUUCGUCAAAGAGAACAGUCCUGUAGGCGCUGUUAUAUAUACUAUGACAGCAGAUGAUCCGGAUGUAGACGAGAAUGCAAAAGUAACGUUUUCAGUUAUGAAUAAUAAUCAGAAAAACAAUGCAAUAGGGUCAUUUAUUAACGUCAACUCAGAGACUGGAGAUAUAGUCAGCCUGCAGUCUUUUAACUACGAGGAGUUAAAGACGUUUCAGUUUAAAGUUCAGGCCACAGACUCUGGUGUCCCUCCGCUCAGCAGCAACGUGACUGUGAACGUUUGUAUCCUGGAUGAGAAUGACAACAGUCCCGCGAUCCUCGCGCCCUAUUCGGAGCACGGCUCCGUUAACAGUGAGAGCAUCCCCUAUUCUGCUGAAGCGGGAUACUUUGUGGCAAAGAUCAGGGCUGUAGACGCAGACUCUGGAUACAACGCGCUGCUGUCUUAUCACCUGUCUGAGCCCAAAGGAAACAACCUCUUCCGGAUCGGAACCAGCACCGGGAGAUCCGGACUAAGAGGAGGAUGAGUGACAAUGACCUGAAAACUCACCCCUUGGUGGUGUUGGUCUCUGAUAGCGGAGAGCCCUCCCUGUCAGCUACUGUGUCUAUUGAUGUGGUGGUGGUCGAAAGCACAGCUGACAUCCAGACUCAGUUCAGACACGUGCCCAUAAAG